AUGACUGCUGGUGCUGCGGUAAUGAGCAUGCGGCAAGGGAGUACAAAGGAUACUCAAGUUCUCAAGGUUGGAGGAGAGAUGUUUGAUCAGGAAGGCUACAGAGUUGAUGUUACUGUCUGGUUUCGUCAUCGCAACGAGGCCCUAUAUUGAGAGUUUACCACGAGAACCUUAAUGUUGAAAGUGCAUCUUAUAGCGAUUGCAACCGUGAAGGGUAACCAGGGUGAUGAAAACCGCAAUGCAAUAGUCGUCGAUCAUGCAUUCGAUAGACCUCAGAAUGCCACUAUAUCUUUUUCAGCGAAUAAAGAGGAACUCAAGGCUAGGAUUGAUCGUCUUUGCAACCGUCUUCAGAGUAUUCUAGAAAGCUCUAGGAAGAAAGAGAGUUGGAGAAAGAAAUAUAUGCCCUCGGCCCAGAAAUUGUGCAUUUCCGAAGCCAAUGUGCCUAGGGAUUCCCUGGCUUAUAUUGAUAGUGGUGGGAAUCUCCAUGGACCUCUUGAUUUAAAGCACUCUUCAAAGCUGGAUGGAAUGAAGAAAUCAAAUGAUAGCUUUAUUAAACGUUCUUGGGUUGAAGGUCAACGUUCUCAAUCUUCCACUAGAUCAGAAGUUACUGUUUACCCCAUCCGAUCGGAAGAAGCAGAUUGA